GCUUGCUCUUGCCGACAGUCGAGCCGCAAGCGCUGGUCUACAGCUCGCUGCGCGUCGCCGAAAGUACCUCUACGCACGGCAUCAUUGGUUCAACCAGCUUCGCUCGCUAGGCGACGUGUGAGCUCUCACAAAUCGAUUGCACUGUGACGCCGCAGCCGCACGCCAUCGCAGCGAUGUCGACACCGACCUCGCCCACGAAACCGGGGUCGCCCGCAAAGAUGCCAGCGCCACCACCGGGCCCGCCGCCCCCCGAGAAUGUGCUGCCACCAAUGCCGCCCGGGCCACCGCCCACUGAAAAUAUAAUAGACCCAAAAAAGAAACGCGAACGCGAAGAAGACGAUUCAAGACGGAAGAAGAAGAAGCGGGUCAAGAUCGAGCUGGAGCGGGAUCUCGAUAAUGGGAUCGGCUGGCCGAGCGGCCGACCGCGGGAGCCGCGAUACCGGCACGGCUGGUUCCUACCCACCCAUGAAAGAGUUUUCGAAAGGGUACUGGCAGAUGUCGGUGAAGUGAAAGUAAUACUGGAACUGGGGAGCUGGUACGGUAGCUCCACGGAGUGGCUCUGUGAAAGGUGUCCGGACGCCGCGGUGUACGCGGUCGAUCUAUGGGACGAUUCUUUCAUCCUAGACAAGCAACGGGACCACUACAGCACGAUGGGCGACCGGAAGCUCGAGAAUCUGUUGAAUAACCAUCCUCUAUGGGAUACAUUUUUGGCGAAUCUGUGGUCGUUUCGCGAUCAAGUGGUACCUCUAAAGAUGGAGACGACGGCGGGCGUCAAAGUACUAAAGGACAAGGGCAUCAAACCCCAAAUCAUCUACAUCGACGCGGACCACCACUACGCGCCGUGCAAGGCGGACAUCCAGGCGUGCCUACGAGCAUUCCCUGACGCCAUAUUAGUAGGAGACGACUACGGCCACUACGAGUCGGUGCGCAACGCCGUCACGGAGUGCGCGUUGGAGUUCAACAAGUUUAUACAUGUAGACCAGAACCACUGCUGGACCUACCACCGCAUGGAGUCCGGGACAGGUAGAACGUUCAAGCCGAAGCCCAAGGCCACCGACUCCUUCGCCUCAUUGUUAGCGGGCUACGCGUGACUAAGUCUACUUUCUAGC